CUGCAAAAACCCAACGCCUGCGCAGUAGAACCCUUCCAGUCGGUUAGUGACAGCCAGGCUUGUUGUGAAGAUGGCGUUCAAAGCGAUCAGGGGGAAGGUGAACGGAGUCCUGAACGAAAUUUCCUCCUCCGUGAGUGGAUCCAAAGCUGGGGCCCGGGAGCACGUACAAGCCGUCAGCCGGGAUUACAUCUCCCAGCCUCGGCUCACAUAUAAGACUGUGUCUGGUGUCAAUGGGCCUCUUGUCAUCUUGGAUCAUGUGAAGUUUCCAAAGUAUGCAGAGAUUGUUCACCUGACCCUUCCAGAUGGCAUCAAAAGAAGUGGACAGGUUUUGGAAGUCAGUGGCUCCAAAGCUGUGGUACAGGUUUUUGAAGGGACCUCCGGUAUCGAUGCCAAAAAGACAAGUUGUGAAUUUACAGGCGAUAUCCUGCGGACACCAGUAUCAGAAGACAUGCUUGGUCGCGUGUUCAAUGGUUCAGGAAAACCUAUUGACAGGGGCCCAACGGUUCUGGCUGAAGAUUACUUGGACAUUAUGGGCCAGCCUAUUAACCCCCAGUGCCGUAUCUACCCAGAAGAGAUGAUCCAGACAGGUAUUUCUGCAAUCGAUGGGAUGAACAGUAUUGCCAGAGGACAGAAGAUUCCCAUCUUUUCUGCAGCUGGUUUGCCACACAACGAGAUUGCUGCACAGAUCUGUCGCCAAGCUGGUCUGGUUAAGAAGUCCAAAGAUGUGAUGGAUUACAGUGAAGACAACUUUGCCAUUGUGUUUGCUGCUAUGGGUGUAAAUAUGGAAACUGCAAGAUUCUUCAAGUCUGACUUUGAAGAAAAUGGUUCGAUGGACAACGUGUGUCUUUUCUUGAACUUGGCUAACGACCCAACAAUUGAGCGCAUCAUCACGCCUCGCCUGGCUCUCACCGCAGCAGAGUAUCUGGCGUAUCAGUGUGAGAAACACGUCCUGGUUAUCCUGACUGACAUGAGCUCAUACGCAGAAGCGUUGAGAGAGGUUUCUGCUGCCAGAGAAGAGGUGCCAGGACGCCGGGGCUUCCCUGGUUACAUGUACACUGACUUGGCCACUAUUUAUGAGAGAGCUGGUCGAGUUGAGGGCAGGAAUGGGUCUAUUACACAGAUUCCUAUUCUAACCAUGCCCAACGAUGAUAUUACUCACCCCAUCCCUGAUCUGACUGGGUACAUCACUGAAGGACAGAUUUACGUAGACAGGCAACUGCACAACAGACAGAUCUACCCCCCGAUCAACGUGUUACCCUCUCUGUCUCGCUUGAUGAAGUCUGCCAUCGGGGAGGGAAUGACAAGGAAAGAUCAUGCCGAUGUGUCCAAUCAGCUGUAUGCUUGUUAUGCCAUUGGUAAAGACGUCCAGGCAAUGAAAGCAGUGGUGGGUGAGGAGGCUCUGACUCCGGAGGACUUGCUUUAUCUGGAGUUCCUGCAUAAGUUUGAAAAGAACUUCAUUGCUCAAGGUCCCUACGAGAACCGCACAGUAUAUGAAACCCUGGACAUCGGCUGGCAGCUGAUGCGUAUCUUCCCCAAGGAGAUGCUGAAACGAAUCCCACAGAGUACCCUGGCUGAAUUCUACCCCCGAGACUCCAAGCACUAGCUUGAGCCUCGAGCUUUCUGUUCCUCCAUGCUGUCUUAUCAAAGGAACAUUCUUUCCUUUUCACACUUGUUGUUGUAUCUUGUUAGUUCCUUGUGAAGCAAAAUGAACAUAGUGUGAAUAUGGUGUUUUCAGUUGAAGUUUACCUAACAGAGUUUAAAAUAUCUAUAAAUGCCAUGUGGAGACUGUUGACACAUGAAUCGGUUUACCAAAGUGACCUCUUUAUCCAAAUACUCACGUGUAAAAAUACAGGGACAAGGAAAAACAAUGGAUUCUUUAAACCACUAACUCGGAAUUAACAAAGACAACUCUGAAUGGAUCAUUAAUGCCAUGCUCUUAUGAUUUUUAUUCACUGGAGUUAAUUUUACUCAAAAACUGAGCAGUUCUGUCCACAAACACAUUCAAGUAUGGAUGUAUUCAUUCUAGGGUGACUCUUAAUACCCUGUUUGUCUGAGCAUAUUUAAAGUGUGUAUUUAAAUUUUUUUUUUAAAUCUGAAGUUAUAAAGGAUUUUGUUGCCUGUUCGUUUUUAUGCAUUUAAAAAAAUAUGUAUUUAUUUAGAUGCCUUUGUGAUUUCCAACUUAUUGUAUACAUUUUUAGGUCUGCUUUAGUUCACUACAUGAAUAAAAACUGCAGAAAUGUUGGCCAUGUAGCUUUAUGAAAAAUCUACAGUAUAGGAUGUAGCAACUAAAGCUAUAAGCUAUUUCCCCUAUGGUUAAAAAUUACAGACUGGCAAUAAAUUCCUACAUGGCUACACAUCCUGUGGCUAUACUAGUGUAGAGUGCUACAUCUAUGGGGCACACAGUGAUGAAAUAAAACAAAUGCCCUUAGGGGGGCACAGUUGAGACCUCUUGGUGUAUAUUGCUCAUGCAAUACAUUUACUAUGGAGGGAAAGAUUUACCUAUGAUUUGCCCACAAGUGUAAAAUAUAGUUCAUACCUAAUUAACCACGUGACGGUACCUAAAUUCAGCGCCUUGUUUCGGCUAACACAUCCACAGUAAGAGACUUGAUUCCAGUCUGUCGUGUGAAAAUAACGAAUGUAAAAGUUUUCUAUGCAAGAAAUAACAUUCAUGGAGCGAUGUGGAUUCAGGCAUUAUUCUGCAAACGCUAAGGCAGGCAUGUUGAGUGUUUCAUUUAGUUUUUCAACAAUUUUAUUUUAUCCACACUAAAAUGUUACACAUGCAAAUACAUUAAGUAAAUUAAGUUCACGUUGUCGAAAAAAUGUAAAACUGACAGUGUUCCCCAUGUGCUAGAGAUGCAGCACCUGUGUCGCCAAGGUAAAAGAAAAAAAAAAGUUUUAUAGUUUCAAUAUAUGCAGAUACAGCCGAAGAUAAUGAUUAAAGUUGGUAUUCUUUUGAAGGAAGUGAUAUUUUAAACUCUGUUAAUGUAAAAAAAAAAAAAGGUAAAUUAAAUAAUAUUUUUAUUGUAUUUAUUUACAGUUGACUGGACUGCCUGGAUUUUACACCCAGAUAACAAUAUUCCUGUAUCACAUGUCAAUGCAGAUUUGGCUCUUUUUUUAUGAUUAUAAAUGUGCUGUGUAUUUAUUGCAAAGUUGCCAUAUGUCAGUCUAUGGAUGUUGUGUACUUGUUGCAGGUGCUGUAAGUUUCCGGUCGAUUCAGUAACCAAGCAUUCCAUAUGCCAGAUAAAAAAUAAAUAUACGGUUUUGUUGUCAUAACGCAUGAAGCACAGUCUGUUUUUGGAAAAUUGUCAUCCAUAUUCAUAUAUAAAUUACUGAAUAAAUGUGAAUAUACUGUUAAA